UGUUCAAAACAUUAAUAAGUGGAUUCACUUUGCAAACCGACGUAAAGAUGCUGAUAACAUUUUUAAUUUUAACUAUACCAACUCUCAUCCACUCAUUUGAAGUCACUAUACAAGGUUCAUACGAAAAAGUAAAUGUGAAGGUUUCUGGAGAAAAUGUAGAUAUAAUAAGUGAUAUGGAAAGAAGAAUUUUCAAACUAACAGAGGAAAGAUUGAAGGAUGCUGUCAGUGUUCAGUUCGGUCAACCGCCUGACGACGUAUUCCUCAAGAGUCCAACACCUUGGGGUGAUUUAUACACAACGUACGGUUGGAAGGAAGUAACGGUUACAACUAAACCCAUGUCUAACUACAAAGUUUCGAAGGAGUUCAGAAAUCAAACAGUUGCCAAACAAAAAUACACAAAUAAGACAUCAAGUAACGCAACGCUUUGGGGAAAUAUGUCCAGAUCUGUGGACGAAGAGGUUACAAUAAACUGGUACAAUCCGAAGAAAAUAUCUAUUAAUGGCAACGUCAGCCACCAUUUUGAAUUCACGCAAAUUGGCGGGAAAGAUUUUCACUUGACAGCUCCAUGGGGAAUCGAUACUGAAGAAGUACAUCCUAUUGAAAUUGGAUCAAAGAUUGGUUUCAAAGACAAAUUAAAAACAAAUGAAGCUUUAGAAGUAGAAGUACGAACAAUAAAGGCUAAUAUAAAAAUAGAGGUGGUGUAUGAAUCCACUCUAUCAGGAAACGUGGUCCUUAACUACAAAAACAAGCUCAUGGGCCAUCAUUUCUGGGCAGUUGAAGUUGCUGACGUACUAUCUAUAAUUGGAAUGAGACCUCUAAUAACAAAAGAAGUUAUAGAAAUGGAGUUCUACACGAAAACUGAGCAAAAGUUAAAAGUAAUUCAAUUGUGAGAAUAAAAAUUAUAUUUA